GCUGCUCCUCUUCCAGCCGCAGUCACCGAUCGAAGCGGCUUCUUUUUUUUAAAUAAUAUCUCAAUCCCUUCCGGGUUACAAUCAAAGUCCUCUAUCCCCUUUUCGAUAUUUUCCAUCGUAUUGAUAAAUUUUCGAUAUUUAAACCAGAGUUUCCAUCGGUAGCAGGAACCUAUAGCAGUUAACAUAUUUCUGGCCUGGCGGCAACCGCGAUACCUUUUGAUAGGAGACCAGCAGCUCUCUUCGCAGGCGACCUGCUGCCCGAUCAGCCUCGGAAAAUCCUCCCUCGACAUGUUGGACAAUGAAGUUGACAUGCUUAGCAAGUUGCCUGAUGAUGUUUUGCUCAACAUUGUCGAGCGGCUUGAUAUCACUGAAGUAGCACGAACCGCCAUCCUCUCCAGACGUUGGAAGCAGAUCCCUGCUAUGCUCUCAAAAAUUAUCUUAAAGGUUUGUUCUUUUGAACCCAAGCAUGCAAGGGAAAAGUUAACCUCACAUGAUAUAGCUCGGGCCAACACCACCAUGCUGAAAGCAACCAGGAGCAUACUGGAAAGCAGGACUCGAAGUCUAUACACCAUUGACCUAAUGUCCAUGCAAUUCUAUUUGGGAGAUGACUCCAUCUUCUUUGGCCAGACUGUUGCCAACACCAUAGCAGCACAAAAGGUUGCUUCAGUUGAGUUUACGAUCUUAACGGGAUUGGGUAAAAAAUGUACCUCCUCUUAUGACCUGCUUGCUUAUGGGAAGCAGUUCAUGUCAUUCUUUGAUUCGUGUCCAAACGCGUUUGGUGGUCUUGCACACCUCUGGCUGGAGAAUUUGAGGUUAGGCGAAUCAUACUUCCCCAAAAUUUUUGGUAUAUGCAAGCAACUGGAGUUUCUCCAACUUUGGCGGUGUGACAUGGGGUAUCUGUCUUUGCUGGAAGUGCAACACCCGCAACUCCGUGAACUAGUGAUUUCCUGUAGCAGUCUUCAGAGGGUUGAUCUGAAGUGGGUGCCAAAGCUCACAGUAGUGAAAUUCAAUAUGUUUAAAUCACCAGAUGACCCCUUCUCGUUGGGCUAUGUCCCACUGCUCCAGACUGUGAACAUCAGUAAUACUGGUUUUUCUGGGCACAAGAUGCUCAAGCUAAGUGAGUUGCUUCGUAAAACCACCAUAAGCAAUCUGCAUUUGAACUUCAAAUCAGAAAAGAUUUGGGUAAAACCUGAAGGCCGAAAGCAAUUGUUGCCCGUGUUCCAUAAACUAAGUCUUGUGAAUUUGUUUAACAUUUCUGAAGAAUGUGACCUGUCUUGGACAAUGUUCAUACUCCAAGGUGCACCCAUUCUUAAGAAACUAUGCAUCAUGGUGCGGGAUCAUUUAUGUGAGAUGAUAAAGGGGAAGCGGAGGUACAUGUAUGCGUUCAGCAAGGAGAAGGAUGAAGGACUAGAGUGGGAAUCACCUGCCCCUAAUUUCAAGCACCAAAAUCUGGUUGAGCUCAGGAUCUAUGGGUUUCAGGCAGAAGAUAAGUUCGUGAGGUAUGUCAGAAAUGUAAUGGAGGCAGCGGUGAACCUGGAGGCCGUAUACCUGCAUGAGGAUCCAGGGUGUGAGAAGUGCAAGCCCAUACUUCCAAAUGAGUGGACGCGGAUGGAGACGUUGUUGAUUAGAGACAAAAUCAACAAGGGGAUCUGCUCAAAUGUUGGGAUUCACUUCCCGAGUCGAGGGCGAGAAUAUUAGUAUACAAAAUAACGCUCUCGCGCUGCAAAGCAUGUAUUGAUUAGUUGUCGCCGAUGAACCUUUUCAGUUAUGUUUAUUUUUAGAUGGUAGUGAGUUGAGUAGGAUAAGUACACUUCACAUUUGUAUCGAGUAUUUUGGUGUUGUUUGUUUUCGUUGUCAAAUGGAUUGCACCACUGCAGACAUAGCGUGUUAGCC